UUAGCCGGGCUGCUGCAGGCAGGGGCGCACAAGGGGAGACUUUGCCGGAGUCAGCUGUCACAGCACCGGGAAACCGCAGCACAUCACACCGUUUAUAGGGCACAGGAGAGUCGUGUUUAUUGCCAUGACGAUAGAACCAAGUUCGGAGUUAGAAGCCAAGCCGGAGCAGCAGGGGACCGGUGCGGCUGCGCCCCACACAGCCCCGCCCCACACAGCCCUACCCCUUGAUGAUCAGCUUCCUCCUGCAGCUGCCCACAGCACGCCGGUUAGAAAAGAACAGAACGGGGCCAGAGAGGCAGGAGGUGUCCCACAGGGGAACACUGAUCAGCAGGUGGCCGAAGACGACCUUGCCUCACACAGGUCAUCCACCAGUAAGCUCUCCAGGUCCCCAGCCAAGGUGGCCAAGAAGAUCAAAAAUAUGCAGUGCAAAGUCACGCUCCUGGGUGGCACAGAGUACACCUGUGUGGUGGAGAAACGGGACAAAGGCCAGUUGCUUUUCGACAAAGUCUGUGAGCAUCUCAACCUUCUAGAGAAGGACUACUUUGGUGUCACGUUCCGUGAUGUAGAGAAUCAGAAGAACUGGCUAGACCCUGCCAAAGAGAUGAAGAAGCAGAUCAGGGGAGUUGCCUGGAAUUUCUCCUUCAAUGUGAAAUUUUACCCUCCAGACCCUGCCCAGCUCUCAGAAGACAUCACGAGGUAUUACUUGUGCCUGCAGCUGAGAGAUGAUGUGGUGUCUGGACGUCUGCCCUGCUCAUUUGCCACGCAUACAGUGCUUGGUUCAUACACAGUGCAGUCAGAGCUGGGAGAUUAUGAUCCGGAUGAGUACGGCACAGACUACAUCAGCGAGUUCCGCUUUGCCCCGCACCAGACCAAAGAGCUCGAAGAGAAGGUCAUGGACCUCCACAAGAACUACAAAGGGAUGACGCCGGCUGAGGCUGAAAUGCAUUUCCUGGAGAAUGUGAAAAAAUUGUCUAUGUAUGGAGUGGACCUUCAUCACGCCAAGUUGGUAGGAAGCUUCUUUGAGUGCUUGUCUCCAGCUAAAGGAGAGGAUUCAGAGGGCGUGGAGAUCAUGCUGGGAGUGUGUUCCUCUGGUCUCCUCAUCUACCGUGACCGCCUGCGUAUCAACAGGUUCGCUUGGCCCAAAGUCCUCAAGAUCUCCUACAAAAGGAAUAACUUCUACAUCAAAAUUCGACCUGGAGAGUUUGAACAGUUUGAAAGCACGAUUGGCUUUAAACUCGCCAACCAUAGAGCAGCGAAGAGGCUCUGGAAGGUUUGCGUGGAACACCACACUUUCUUUAGGUUGGUGUCUCCAGAAACUCCUCCUAAGAAAUUCCUGACACUCGGUUCCAAGUUCCGAUACAGUGGCAGAACCCAGGUCCAAACCAGACGGGCCAGUUCACAGAUAGUGCGGCCAGCUCCAUACUUUGAGCGGUCUACCAGCAAACGCUACACUAUGUCACGCAGUCUAGAUGGAGCUCAACGGAGCGUCUUCCAAAACACACCGACUGUAAUCCCAGGAUCUAAACCACUUAUCGCUUUGAAUGGCACUAAACCAGCAGAAAUGGGCACAGCAUUGUACGGGACUGCAAAAGGCAUCGCAGUGAGUGACCUCAUCACUACAGUUACACCAGAGAGGAGGCCAGAGAAAAAAACAGUGGAGGAAGGAGUCGUGCUUGUAGAAAACGUUUUUGUUGUGGAAGAGGAGGAUGAGACAACAAAGAUUACAGAAGUGUCCCAGCCAAGUCCACCAACUCCUGUUCGACAGGACACAAGGACUGAUUUCACAGACACUGCUAUUGAUGGUGAACUGACAGCUACUGAGUCAGACCAGGAGGAUGAGUCUGAAAUAAAGACACAGGAGGUGGAAAAAACACCUGAAGAGCUGCUCAAGCCCCAGACUAACAUCAGUGAGCUGAAGAGGACUUUCCUAGAGGGAGGUGCCGACCGGUCGGGUCUCACAGAGUGGGAGAAGCGUCUCUCUUCAUCCCCUCUGCGCUCCCCCCGAUUGGAUGAGGCCCCAAUGAUUGAACCCUUAGUGCCUGAGGAUAGUAAAGAGGACUCAAAAGCAACUGUUGGAAGGGAGGAGGUUUCUGGAGACCAAGGGGUGCAAGACAGCCUGGAGGACAGGAAGGUUGAUGUGGAGUCUGAUGGUUGGGUAAUUAUAAACAAGGUUCCUCCCAAGGUACCCGAAAAGAAAAACAUAGUCAGCUACAAACUAGUCGGCAUCACAAGCACUAUGACUGCCAAUGAGGUUCUGGGGGACAUAGCUGUCAAGCUCCAAGAGGGCUCUCUGGGGGAGGCAGCAGCCAGGGAAGAGGAAGUGCAUGAUGAGGACUAUGCCCUGGGCAAGUCCUAUGACACUACCUCAGGGAAGAUCGUGACCAUGACUGCCAAAGAGGGGGACUUCCCCUCCCCGACCUUCCCAGUGGAGAAGAAGAAGCUCUCAGAUCAGGCCAGCACUGUGGCUGUGAAGAUUAUUCCAGUUUCCCCUGAGUGUGAGGUAGCUAGCCUCGUGGCUACAGGAGACAUGACAGCGCCAGCAAUCACCAUUAAGGAAGUCAGGACCCCAUCCCCAUUUGAGCCCACAGGGGGCAUUAUGAGGACGGUCUGGUCCAAUGAUGAACCUGGAGAAGCAAAGAGGGCGGAGCUAAAGCUGCUCGCAGACCCAUCACCGAGGGAUGGGAGCUCUCCUACGCCUAGAUCUCCCCUCAGAUCCCCACUGAGAUCCCCCCUCAGAUCUCCAAUGAAAUCACCGGUGGAUCUGCACCUGAGCCCUGCUCCGAGCGCCUAUCUAACCAAAACGUCCCCAACAGCCCGAGUGCCUAAGCCCACAUUUGAUGAGAUGUCUCCAGAGCUCACUGCUCUCUUGCAGUCUGCUCGCAGCUGGGCCUCCACUACUCCGACUACAGGGCAUCAUCAGGUCUUCUUUAAGACAUCUACCGGUUCUGAAAGGACUCUCCUACAGACAGUAGAUACACAGCAACUUCCAGGAAAAGAUCAUCCAAAGGAAGAGGGACAGGCAGCAGAUAAAGAGCAGGAUCAUCCAGCCGGGCAGUCGCAGCAGCUACAGACAGAGGUUGUGACAUUGAGUGGUGGGUUGUCAGGGGACAUGGAGAUGCUAGUGACACAAGAAAUGCCAGUGAUCCACACAGAGAUGAAGACCAUAACAUACGAGGCCCUGCAGGGUGACAUGGAUGGCGACUCUGAGCCAGGUAUUCUGAUGAGCGCGCAGACCAUCACGUCUGAGACCACCAGUACAACCACCACCACGCAUAUCACCAAGACUGUUAAGGGAGGUAUCUCAGAAACCAGGAUCGAGAAGAGAAUUGUCAUCUCGGGAGAUGCAGACAUUGACCACGAUGAGGCCCUGGCUCAGGCCAUUAAAGAAGCCAAAGAGCAACACCCUGACAUGUCAGUGACCAAAGUAGUGGUCCACAAAGAGACUGAAAUCACACCAGAAGAGGGCGAGGAGUGAUGCAGGAUUAGUAUGUCUUCAUGCUUUCUGAAGCGAACUCAUAUCUACAACAUGCAGAAUGAAGGACGCUUUGGAGAAGUCACCCAUGGAAACUGCACUUCAAAUAAACCAAUGGAUAUUACUUCAUUUGAGCACUGUUGGAGCAGCCUCUCAUAAACACAUACACACAUGCUCCCACUCUCCAAAACACGCUUACAGAACCACUGGGCAGCCUGGUCCAGCACUGGAUCGCUGCUAUUGCAUGACAAGGGAACAACUGUUUUUUUGUAAAGAGAACAAAAGACACGUACAUUUUAGGAAGCACUCUAUGACAAUGUAAAUUUCAGUUUACCCUGAACACUACUAAAGGGAAAAUGUAUGUGACAUGAAUUUUGAAAAUAAUACUGAUACAAAUAACUUCAUUUUAUUUAUUAGAAUACUGCUCAGUACAAAGAAGGAAGAAAUAAUACUAGACUGUAUCUGUAUGAGCACAUAAUAUUUAACCAUGCAAUAUGUGUGCUGUUCGUCGCAACUCCACGUGUCCAUGCCUACUCUGCCUCUUAUGUGCUCAUGUUGAACCUACCAUAUCUGACUGAGAAAAUGAAUGAUUAACCCAUUUGCUUUAUAGAUCGUGCAUAUUAGAGAAUUAAUAUAAUUUUUUUUUUUACUUGAAUUAUAUAUGCAUUUUAUGUUUCCCUUAUAUUUAGACUGAAUGGCAGAUGUGCAGGAUUUUGACUGAAUUUUUAAAGAAUGGAGCCUGGCACUGUGACAUUUGUCACUUACUCUUCAUUAAAAUUGAUGUCUUCACAAGUGUCAUUCUUUUAAGUCCUUUGCAGAAUUCUCCAUGCCCAUGGUGGCAUAGCCAAGCCUUAAAUUGUAUGAGCUGAAUAGAGAACAUGAACAUCUCCAAUUGUGUAAUGUUUUUUGUUUAUCAUUAGCUUGUGUGUUUUUAAACCAUAAUUCUGUCAUAUGCUGCAGUUCAUGCUGGUUGUUUCCCACGAGCUCAAAUAAAAUGGAAAAUACUCCGA